AUGGCUUGUGCCCAGGGUUUCUAUAACAUCAGCCCGGCGAAGGAGAGCCGCGAGCCUCUGCAGACCUUCCCGUCAUGCCCUCAUGCGUCCAGUCUGCUCUUAAACACGGCUCUCCCUCUGCUCACGGCUCCGGUGAUGACGGACUCGCCACUCACACUGAUUCCUGGAUCUGCAUCGAAGAGCCCCGUUCCUCAGACUCUCACGGACGCAGCGCUGUCUCUGUACGGAACAGGAAGUGCCUCGGUGCCGUUUCCUGUCCGCCCUGUGACGCUGGUCUCUGCUGGCUGUGUGCAGCUGCUGGGGGUCUCUGAACUGGCCCCGUACUCGCUGUCAGUGCUCAUGCCUCAUCUGUUAAACCCUCCUGAGAGAGACUCAUCCGCCAUCACGGGCCCUAAAACCACAGCCAAAGACGAGGAGAUCAGCAUCAGUGCUUCUAAAAACCCCUCUACAGACAAGACCGAUGUCUCUGGGAUCAGACUCUGUUCAUCAUGUCCAUCACGUCUGGCGUUGAUUACGACCCUCAUCCCCACCUUCAUCAUCCUCACCGUCUGCAUCGCCGUCACAGUGAAGUUUGUGUGUUUCCCAAACAAAGAGCAAGACAUUGAGCCCCCUGCUGGCGGCUCACAGAACUGCAGCAUUGCUCAAGAACCUUUCUAUUCUGUCAAAUAUCCAGCCAACGACACCGUCAGCAUUCCCUCGGAUUGCUCCGCAGCAAUGAACGCUGGGUCUCGUGGGUCGCGUAUUGUCGGCGGUACGGAGGCUGUGAAGGGUCAGUGGGGCUGGCAGACCAGUUUACACUAUCGGGGCAAACACGUGUGUGGAGGAGCCAUCGUCAGCCCUCGCUGGGUCAUCACUGCCGCCCACUGCUUCAUACAAUAUGGCAUGAAGCUGGAGUCGGACUGGAUCGUGGUGGUUGACAGCGUGAGCGUCUCGGAUCCGUCUCAGGGAAAACGCUACCACACACUGCAGAUAAACCCGCACCCGCGAUUCUCGCUGGACAACAACGACUACGACCUGUGUCUGCUGCGCACACAGACAGAGAUAGAGACGGGAGGAAUUCCCUCUUAG